AUGGUGAGAACAUUCAUAUUUCCCAUUCCAACCCUUGAAUCUAAGCUUGAGCCUGUUCCUAAUAUGGGAUAUGACGCACUCUCCAGUCAACCUUGUGGAGAAAUUUGCUUGAGAGGGAAUACUUUGUUAGCCGGUUACCACAAACGUCAAGAUCUUACAGAAGAGGUUAUGGAUGAUGGUUGGUUUCAUACAGGAGACAUUGGAGAAUGGCUUCCAAAUGGAGCCAUGAAAAUUAUUGACAUAAAAAAAGAUCUUCAAAUUAAUUCAAGGAGAAUACAUUGCUAUCGAGAAUAUCAAAAACAAGUAUUUGCAGUUCCCUCUUAUAACUUUAGAAAAUCUUUUUACUGA